AAAGCAGGCGGGAGCUGUUGGGAGAAAGUUUUGCAGAGCAGCAGGAUCCCUAUGUGCUUCUUCAUAGGCAACCGAAAACCAAGCUUUUGAAUUGACUUUCUUUACCUGGUAACAGCAAUUCCAAAUGUUAAAAGAGAUGGGAAGAACCAGCCAAGCUGUGCUAAUCAUUUUGUGUGUGUUAAUGACUGUUAAGGCUUUUGAAAUGGAGAUUGUGCCUGCUCACAGAAUUGUUGCACAGAUUGGAGAAACUCUCACACUCACCUGCAGUACUACUGGCUGUGCAUCACCACGUUUUUCCUGGAGAACCCAGAUGGACAACCCCCUUGGAGGAACAGUCACCAACCAUAAGACAUACUCUACCUUGACUAUGAAUCCAGUUAGCGUUGUGAAUUCUCAUGAUUAUCUGUGCACUGUCUUCUGUGGCGAGAAAGACAAAAAAGAGAAGAGUAUCAAAGUGGAAAUUUACUCUUUCCCCAGUGAUCCUGUCAUUGAGAUCAGCCCAUCCUUAGUUGCUGGAGAACUAGCCACUAUCACCUGUAAAAUUCCUGAUGUGUAUCCUUCUGAUCACCUGGAAGUACUUCUAAAAAAAGAAGAACACCUUCUUGUUGAGAAAACAUUUCAUGACGAGAUCAGCACAAAUACAGAGACCAAAACUGUGCUGUAUUCUUUUACUCUCAAAGCUGAAGAUAUUGGGAAAGAGAUUACCUGUGUGGCCAAGCUACCAAUUGCUGAUAUGGACUUUGAACCCAAAGAAAGAGUAACUUCUCAGAAAUUGAAUGCAGACUUUGGUCCACAAAAUACUGUCGUUACUGCAUCUCCAAGCAACUCACCGAUGGAAGGAGACUCUCUACAACUCACGUGUGUGACUGAAAGUAAUCCUCCAGCACAAACAGUUUGGAGAAAACAUCUGGCUGAUGGAAGUACUCAGCACCUGAUAGAAAACCAUACCCUUUUUAUUCCUCAAGUCCAUUUCACCGAUUCAGGACUGUACAUCUGUGAAGUUAACAAUCUGGUAACUAAUAAAACAGAGAAAGCAGCUGUGGACAUUGUUAUACAAGGUGCUCCAAGCAUUGCAGAACUCUCUGUUGAGCCUUCUACAACGGUUCGAGAAGGAGCAAAUGUUUCCAUACAAUGUUCUGCUCAGGGCAACCCUCCUCCCGAGAUUAUUUUAAGGAGAAAACCUGACAGUGGAGACAUGAGGCCUUACUAUGAGGGGAGAAUUCUCCUUCCAUCUGUGACAUUCCUAAAUGGAGGCGACUAUGAAUGUGUAGCAAAAAACAAGUUUGGGGAAAGUAAAUGCGAAGUAAGACUUAACGUGAUGUGCUCUGAGCAAGUAGAGAAGCCAAUCUGCUUUCUUGACAUGCUAGAAUUCUUCCUUUCAGACGGACCAAGGAAUACAAUGAUCUCUGUUGUCCCUGCUAAUGUUGUCAAAGAAGGAGAAACUGUGACAAUGCAGUGUACUAGUUCUGGCAAUCCAGCUCCUUUGAUUUCUUGGAAGAAAAAGGCAUCCAGUGGGGAGGCUGAGAAAAUUUUUGAAGAAGCAACAUUAACUAUACAGAACAUUAACAUUCAAGAUCUGGGACUUUAUGAAUGUGAAGCUUAUAAUCAAUUUGGCAAAGAAGACAAAGCAGUGAAAUUACUUGUUCAAGGAAAAUUGGAAAGCACAGACCAAAUGAUACCGCUGAUUAUUGCAUUCUCCAGUGCAGCAGCAACAGCAGUGCCUGUAGUUGCAAUUUUGAUCUACCUGUCAAGAAAAGCAAAGAUAAAUGGGUCCUACAGUCUUGUAAAAGCAUUCAGGCUGAAAGUGUGAUUGUAUGAAUAGAAGCCUAAGUUCAUAAUAAGCAAUGUUAUUUAUUAUUGUGACUGGUUCUCUCUAUGACGUAUAGUAACAAACAAUUGACUUAAGAACACUGCCACGUGAUAGCAAAUAGAUUCCUUUUCAUGUGUCAAUAAGCAUUUCAGUAUUUAAAUUCAAGGGAAGGCUAGCAUCCUCUCCUAGAAAAUGGUAAACACUUCUGUGUUGAAGCAUACUGAACAAAGAGUUCCUGGAGAACUAGGUUUGUACAUAGUGUAUAAAUUGUGUUAUAAAUACAUUCAACUGAAUAUCAGUUUGUAAAAUUGCAUCCUUAACUGCAACUGUACAGAGAAACGUUGUUAAUUCAGAGAUAUAAAUCAUGGUGACAAUA